GGCUUGUUCACCAGCAGAAGCUCAGGGAAAGCCUACGCCGUUUUGAAUUCAUCAGAAAAUACUGUAAAGCUAGCACUAUCCACUCGAACUUCUUCACCAGCGAUCCACUCGGCUUAGUUUUUGUAAACUAGAUGUGAAUCUCAACUGAGCGUCAGUAACUUUGUAUGCUUCCGGUAUUUGGUAAACCUGAACGAAGUUUGAUCAUAAGGGAAAACAAGAAGAGAACCAUGGAAGCCAUGGCCUCCACCAAACGUAUCUUCUUGCUUCGACAUGGGCAGGGCUAUCACAACUCCACCGGUCGUGACAUCCCGGAUGCUAUGCUCACGGAUUCGGGUAUCACACAGGCAAAAAGUUGGAGCAAGGACAUUCAAAAGUUCAAUAUCGAACUGGUCUUGGUUUCGCCUUUGAGAAGGACACUGCAGUUAAGAUUCAGGGCUUUCGAGUCUAUAGUGGUCAGCACUUGUAGGCUAUGUAUAGUGUAUAGUGGUUCAGCACUUGUGCCCUAUAGUUCUGGUCAGCACCAUGAUGAGCCCUCGACUCAUCGUAACCUUCGCCCGUGUUUCCUAGUAUCCGCCUCCGCGACCUGAUACUGAGCUACUAUCUAAUGAAAGCUACUAACUUCAAUCUAGACAAUUCCAUCAUCCUUCUUAUUUGUAGAAGCUGAGCAUGCCUACUCUAAUCCAAACAGCCUGCUACGCUUUUUCUGCGUCACAGACGAAGAUGAGACCUUGCAGGCAUGCGAGGGAAAUGUGGUGGAAUGAGGACGUGAAUAACUUUUCACCUCUUUCAGAGGUGGAGAAACUUUUGUUGGCUCUUCCACGUGGGAAAGAACUUCUGUUUAUGGAUCAUGACGGCACUGCAGCGGAGGAAAAACAUCAAGUCGAUAAGGAUGCAGUUACGACAAGGACAACCUUGUUAACCGAAGCGCUGCGCGAUCAUCCAGGACAACCACAGGGAGAGCAUGAAAGUUUGGGAAGAUUGCGUGACGUGUUGAAAGAUUUAGAGGAAGAGCGAGUUGCGGUCGUCACGCAUUGGGGUGUGAUAAACCAACUAGCGAGAGCCAGUGCGAAUAAUUGCGACUUAGUGGAGUGCGAAAUGCGGGUUAUCGCUGGGAAAAGGGUCGACUUCAAAGUUGUGAAAGUGCAUCCACCUCCAGGAGGGCCAGAAACAAGUUGACUUUGACGCUAGUGGCUUUGGUGACCCACCGACACCCUGAUAUAUUUACUCAAUGAUUUCAAUUUUUUCACGCGAGAUGAGUCGGUUCUUCGCAAUUGAACUAGUACAAUGAUAAGAUCUACUCUCGCGCCAUACCUCGUUACUCAACAUGACUCGUGACCACUCAUGGUUACAACUCGUAUUGGCCUAUCAC